CACAUUCAAAGUCAAACUCCAAUCCCAUAAUCUCCCACUCACAUCUAAACAUGGCACAAAUAAUUACCUUCCUAGCACUUUCCCUCCUUGUCCUCACCCUAACCCUAGUUCAAGCCCAGCAGCACCCGGUCGCACCGCGGAGAGCUCGAUCUAGGGCUAGGGUGUUCAUCGAGUCGCAAUGCCAGACGACGCUAUAUCCCACUCUGUGCGUAAAGUGCCUAUCACCCUACGUCCCCAGCUUCACCAAAACCCUGAGUCACCGGCAGUUAGCUCAGAUUGCCCUGAAAGUGACCCUUGUCAGGGCCGAGACAACGCAAGCCUACAUCAACGGAGUGGCCCAGAGGCUCAACCGGACCAAGGGCCCGGAGGCCCGAUCCGUGAAGGAGUGUUUGGAUCAAAUAAAUGAUGGGGUAGAUCAGCUCACAAAAUGCAUCAAAGAGGCACAACACAUCAAGGAAGAUGGGGGAAGUAGUAGUGAAUUCACAUGGCAUGCAAGCAACGUCCAAACAUGGAUGAGCACUGCAUUGACCGAUGCAAGCAUGUGCAUCGACGGGAUCUCGGGCCGGGCCAUCGGGGGGAAGACGAAGGCCUUGAUCAAAGCCCGGGUUCUUAAUCUUCAACAGGUUACCAGCAUUGCGCUAGCCUUGUUCAAUAGAUUUGCUGCAAGAUUUAGGGCUGCUCAUCUCCUCAAACCCUAGCUCCCAUCACUCCUUUAAAGUUUUUGAGCAUCUUGGAUGCUUUUCUAUCAUUUAUUGAAUUCCAUUUAUUUGUUUUUCUCAUGGGGAAUUAUAAUUAUGUGAAAAAAUAACUUGUAUAGUAUAUUGAUUCAAGUUUUGAAAAUACUUACUAUAUUUUAACAUCA